AGGACGGAUGAGGGAGGUGGAGCUGUAAGGGGGUUUCACUCCGGAUUCAUGGGCUGACAAAGGAAACAGGAAGGGAAGACAAAGGGGCCGCGCCGCAGCAGCGGUACAAAGACAGCCCAGCAAUGGCUUCAGGAACAGCUUUGAUUUACGAUGAUGAAAUGACAAGUUACAAACUACUUUGGGAUGACCCUGAGUGUGAUAUUGAAGUGCCGGAAAGAUUGUUAUCCUCCUAUGAGCAACUUAAACAUUAUCAUCUUGUGGAAAGAUGUAUCCAUGUACCUGUCAGGGAAGGAACCGAAGAAGAGAUCAUGUUGGUUCACAGUUCAGAAUACUUGGAAGUUGUAAAGAGCACCCAGACAAUGAAUGAAGAAGAACUCCAAAGAGUCUCAGAAAAUUAUGAUGCUGUUUACUUUCAUCCGAAUACUUACCGCUGUGCUAAACUAGCAGUAGGAGCAACUUUGCAACUGGUGGACUCUGUGAUGUCAGGAAAAGUGCGCAAUGGAAUGGCAUUAGUAAGGCCUCCAGGUCAUCACAGCCAGCGAAAUGCAGCCAAUGGAUUCUGCGUGUUCAAUAAUGUUGCUAUUGCAGCUCAAUAUGCCAAAAGAAGAUAUGGUCUUCAGAGAAUUCUCAUUGUUGACUGGGAUGUGCACCAUGGACAAGGAAUUCAAUAUGUAUUUGAAGAGGAUCCCAGUGUUCUCUAUUACUCCUGGCAUCGCUAUGAACAUCAGCAGUUCUGGCCCUUGCUCAGAGAAUCUGAUUAUGAUGCUGUUGGUCAGGGAAAAGGAAAAGGAUUCAAUUUAAAUGUACCUUGGAAUAAGGUUGGAAUGGGGAAUUCUGAUUAUCUAGCUGCAUUUUUCCAUGUGUUGCUUCCAGUGGCUUUUGAGUUUGUUCCAGAACUUAUUCUGGUCUCUUCUGGAUAUGAUUCAGGAAUUGGUGAUCCCGAGGGUCAGAUGAAUGCUACUCCAGAGUGUUUUGCUCACCUUACACAUUUCCUAAUGCAGUUAGCUAAUGGAAGGCUGUGUGCAGUUCUAGAGGGUGGAUACCAUUUGAAAUCAUUGUCUGAAUCAGUCUGCAUGACUGUAAAAACUUUGCUUAGAGACCCUCUCCCCCAGAUCUCUGGAGAAAUGGCACCAUGCUUAAGUGCUAUAGAGUCUAUACAAAAUGUGAGAGGUGCACAUAAACCAUACUGGAAAUGUUUGAUGUAUGAAGAAGCAACUCCUUUACACAAUCUCAGCACCAAAUCACAACAGAUGAUGAAGGCUGAGCUAAUUCAAACUAGUACACAUCCCACAGCAGAGCAAGCAGUUGGGACAACUAAGAGUGAUGAAGCCAUCAAAACAGACAGGUUUUUGGAAUCACACAUGAAAAAAAUUCUCUUUCCAGUGCCUCCUGUUAAAACAGCAGCAGCAAUUGUCUCUAAAGCUGAUGCACAUUUGCUACCAGUAUCUGUUCAAGUGGAGAUGGAAAUGAAUGCACAAGAACUGAAUACUUUUGUCAGUGCAUUUGAUGCAGAACUUGUGAAGGAAGAGAAAGCUUUACUCUCUCUUCAGAAUGUGUUGGCUGUUCUAGAUAAAAUAUUAAAGAAGAAGGUGUGCAGUGGAAUUGCAGAAUCAUCUGUGGCUUCUGUUUCUACUACCUUUGCACUAAAGCACUGCUUUGAUUUUGGAUUACAAAGAGUGCUCUGCAUAGUUAUUGGAGAUAUGGAUCUUGAACUCGACUUAGAUGAUGGAAAAAUACUUUUGAUGAACAUUUGUCAGAAACAACAAACUGAAAAGACUAACUCCAAAUACUAUAUUUCUCUGAACUGGAAAGAGGAUGCUGAAAGAAACAAUUUCUUUUGUGCUGUACUUGGAUUCAUUCUUCCUGUAGCAUAUAGCUAUCAACCUGACUUAGUGAUAAUAGUCAUUGGACCAAACAGGAGCCUUGGUGUAAAUGGGAUUUCUCUGCUUACUUGUUUACUGCAAGGAUUAGCCGAGUCUCAAAUUCUUGUGGUAAUACAGGACACAGAAAUAAAACUAGUGCAAAGUGUGGCCAAAGCCUUAUCGGGUGUUUCUACACCUGACUUUGGAGCCUACGCACCUGCUUCCCAAGAAAAUGUACUUGAAAUAAAACGAUUAAGAGACCAACUUCAACAGGAAUGGAAAAUGCUUCGAUGUUCAGUAAGGGACUGAGUUUCUGGAAGCUGAGGUCACUUGACUACCUUUGGGCUCUAUCAUUUAACACAUUUCAUCAUGACAGAAGGAAAAAGUGUGUUGUCACUUUUGGUUGUUUUCUUUUAAAUCAAUGAACAAAGAGAUUAUCAAGAUAUGGCCACAGCAAGAGCCAUUCACAAUUGUUUUAUGACUUUUUAAUUAAAUAUUUUUGUUUAAAAAGGCAACAUUUUCAAGCUGAGAGCGCUUGCUGUGUGUCUGCAAAAGUGCGCAUGAGAGGAAAGUGAUCAAGAACAGUCAUCAUGGAUUCACCAAGGGCAAGUCAUGCCUGACUAAUCUA